AUGGCCGCCGUUCGAUCCGGCCUCGUCGACAUAUUCGUGCAGGGACAAUGGCAUCGAGUGUUGGCAACACUCGAUCCGACUGCGAUCACACUGCAGACGAUGGAGCAGAAUGAGGUGGAAGCGGAGAAGCGGACGGUUCGAGUCGUCAAGUACGAUGGAAAUGGAUUGGGCAUUUCGAUUAAAGGAGGCAGAGAUAACAACAUGCCAAUUGUAAUUAGCAAAAUCUUCAAAGGAAUGGCAGCGGAUCAAACCGGCGAGCUCUUCCUCGAUGACGUCAUCAUUUCAGUCAACGGCGAGAGUCUUCUAGACGCGUCUCACGAGGAAGCAGUUCGCGCGUUGAAACGAGCCGGUCGAGUUGUCGACUUGCAAGUUCAAUAUCGACGAGAAGACAUGAUGCACAGAGAGAAUAUAGUGGAGAACGUGGAAUGGGAUGACGAUAUUCGGGAGAGAGUUCGGACGAUCGGGUUGAAGCUUGCAUACGUGGCAAGAGCUGGGAUAGAUGCAGACGCCGAGGGAAGGAUAUUAGAGAUGCGGAGUCCGUCAGGCCGAUAUUCUCUAGCUAUGCGAUGUUCCAGCAGUGAGGAAGCUGACGGCUGGUUCGAAGCCCUGCACGCCUGUACGACCUGUCUGCUAACUCAGGCACUGGCCCAAGUCAAUAUAAUGCUUGGAAACAAUCCACAAGUCAGACAUAUGGGUUGGGUUGCUGAGCAAGUGUCAGAAAACGGGAUUUCCAUGUGGAAACCCAAAUUCAUGACACUUACAAACAGCGAGAUCCUAUUCUAUGAAGCCGUGCCACAACUGAAAGCCGAGUGGGCGGAGCCUCGGCUAGUGCGGCCGCUGGUAGCCACAAGAGUAGUUCAGACGAGCUCGCGAAGUGCUCCAGUCAUCAAAGGUCUCACAGAUGUGAUCUCAUUCCGAAUGCGUACCGGAACACAACAGGGCGUUCGGACGCACACAAUUCGCGUCGAGACUCAUGCCGAGUUGGCGAGAUGGGUACGAGCGAUAGUGAUUGGAGGGUACGAGGCGUGUCUUGCCACGUCACAAGUCUCCGCUCCAUGUCUAUGGAGAGGAGAGUCGUGUGAGCUUAUAGUGAACCUAGAUAAUGGAAUCUCAUUGUUAUCGUCAGCGGGGGAGGUACUGUGGCAACACUCGUUUGAAACGAUACGUGCCACUGGUGACGACGGCGGUCGCUUUUUGUGGGUCGAUUUUGGGCCACCACAUGGUGAACAGGAAUUGGAUCUGCUGAAUUCGGCGAAACCAGUCGUAUUCAUUCUACAUUCAUUUCUCGCCACCAAAGUGUAUCGACUGGGAUUGUACGCGUGA